AUGCCAGACCCAGGAAGCUUUGUCAUUCCCUGCACCAUUGGAGAAGUCGGCAUUCAGAGAGCUUUAUGUGAUCUUGGAGCUAGCAUCAACCUCAUGUCACUUUCAGUGAUGAAAAAGCUUCAAAUUGAGGACUUAAAAUCUACUCGUAUUUCUUUUCAACUUGCUGAUCUUUCUAUUAAAUUACUUGUGGGUGUGGUUGAAGAUUUACUUGUUAAAGUAGGACCAUUUAUCUUCCCUGUUGACUUUGUUAUAUUAGACAUGGAAGAGGAGGUAAAACCCUCUAUUAUACUUUGUAGACCUUUUUUAGCUACAGGUAGAGCUCUGAUUGAUGUGAAAAAGGGUGAAUUAACCCUAAGGGUCAAUGAAGAACAGGUGGUCCUGAAUGUUUUUGAAGCUCUCAAGCACCCUAAUGAUUCUGAGGGGUGCAUGAAAAUAGAUGUUAUCGAACCACUUGUUCAAGAAGUACUGGAAUCUGAGGUACUUGAUGAUGUUCUGGAUCCUAUUUUUGAGUAUGAAUUAGUUGAAGUUGAUGAUUUACCACCCCAAAAGAAGUUGAUGAACACGCCAAGCAAGGAGGAGGAAGCCCCCAAGCUUGAGCUCAUACCCUUACCUCCUUCCCUGAAAUAUGUGUUCUUGGGUGGAAAUGAUUCAUAUCCAGUGAUUAUUAGCUCUUCUCUGAAACCUAAAGAAGAAGAGGCGCUUGUUUCAGUGCUCAAGAGUCAUAAAACAGCUCUUGGGUGGACCAUUAGUGACUUGAAGGGGAUUAGUCCAACUAAGUGUAUGCACAAGAUUCUUCUUGAAGAUGAUGCCAAACCAGUUGUGCAACCACAAAGGAGACUCAAUCCAACUAUGAAAGAGGUGGUCCAAAAAGAGGUAAUGAAACUAUGGGAAGCAGAAGGCAUUGUUCUUGGACACCGAAUUUCAAGUAAGGGGAUUGAGGUUGAUAGAGCAAAGGUGGAGAAUUACACAACUACAGAAAAGGAAUUAUUAGCUGUUGUAUAUGCUGUUGAUAAGUUUAGGUCCUAUUUACUUGGUUCUAAGGUUAUUGUUUAUACUGACCAUGCUGUAUUGAAGUACCUUUUAACCAAACAGGAUUCUAAACCCAGAUUAAUCAGAUGGGUGUUACUCCUUCAGGAGUUUGAUAUUGAGAUAAAAGACAGGAAAGGGUCAGAAAAUCAAGCAGCUGACCAUCUUUCUAGAAUUGAGCCUGAAGUAGGAGAACAACCACCCACAGCUGUGACUGAGACGUUUCCAGAUGAACAAUUGUUCCUCAUUCAGCAGGCACCAUGCUUUGCAGACAUUGCAAAUUACAAAGCCAUGAAUUUUAUCCCAAGGGAGUACAGUAGGCAACAAGUGAAGAAGCUAUUGACUGAUGCAAAGUACUACAUUUGGGAAGAACCAUACCUGUUCAAAAGGUGCUCAAAUGGAAUAAUCUGGAGAUGUAUCCCAGAUGAGGAAAAGCAGCAGAUUCUUUGGCACUGUCAUGGGUCUGAUUUUGGAGGCCACUUUGGUGGUGAGAGGACAGCUACAAAAGUCCCUCAGAGCGGGUUUUACUGGCCGACUCUCUUCAGGGACUCAAGAGCAUUUGUAAAGCACUGUGGCAGAUGUGAAAAAGUUGCAAAUCUCCCUGCCAACCAUAAAAUGCCACAGCAGGGACUUCUUGAGGUUGAGUUGUUUGAUGUGUGGGCUAUGGCUUUGCCCACCAAUGAUGCCAAGGUGGUAAUGAGCUUUCUUCAGAGAUAUGGAGUCCGUCAUAAAGUGGCAACCCUCUAUCACCAUCAGACAAGUGGACAGGUUGAAGUUUCCAACAGGGAGCUUAAGAGGAUUCUGGAGAAGACCGUCAUUGUUUUAAGAAAGGACUGGUCUAGGAAGCUUGAUGAUGCUCUCUGGGCAUACUGGACAGCAUACAAGACUCCAAUUGGCAUAUAUUCAGCCUAUGAGAAUGCCAAGCUCUAUAAGAAGAUUGCCAUCAGAGUCUUUGAGCCAGGACAAAGGGUGCUUCUGUAUAAUUUAAGGCUCAAAUUCUUUCUCGGGAAGCUGAAAUCCUGGUGGUCAGAACCGUUUAUGGUUACCAGAGCCUCACCAUAUGGUCAUGUGGAAAUACAGGAAGAAAAUUUUGACAGGAAAUUUACCGUGAAUGGCCAGAGGUUGAAGCACUAUCUUGGAUGCGAGAUUGUCCACCAGAGGUCCACUCAUCUACUGAACUAA